UCGUCCCCAAAGGCAACGAGUCGAUCGUGGGUGAUUGGUUUAAGUGGUGGGGUGAUAACAGCUGCAUUAUAUCUCAAGUACAAGCAUGCACAAACGGCUUUUUGUGAAUCUGUGAAUGAGAACGAAACAACUAAGGAUGACGUUUACAAAGUUCCAAAACGAACAGAUUUACCAACCUAUCGUCUUGAGGAAGUGAAGAAACAUGGCAAAGAUGCAGAACAAAUUUGGGUUACCUAUCAAACGGGUGUCUAUGAUAUAACUGACUUUGUGGAAGGGCAUCCGGGCGGCGAUAAGAUUUUGAUGGCAGCUGGAGGUGCGAUCGAUCCAUAUUGGGCGAUUUACGAUGUACAUAAAAGUGAAUCUAUUUUUGAAAUGAUGGAGGAGAUGCGAGUUGGUAACCUGGAUCCGCGAGAUUUUGUUGUUGAAGAAAUAAAGGCUGAAAACGAUCCGUAUCGAAAUGAUCCGAAAAGACAUCCAGCUUUAUUGGUCAAUUCUCAAAGACCUUUUAAUGCUGAAACACCAGCUGGAUUGUUACUGGAUUCAUUCAAUACACCGAAUCAGUUAUUUUUUGUCCGAAGUCACAUGCCUGUUCCAAUAACUGAUGUGAAGACGCAUAAAGUGAGAGUGGACGGUCUUGGAGUGACAAAGCCGAUCGUAUUGACUGUGGAUGAUUUGAAGCGCAAGUUCAAGCCUAUUUCUAUAUCAGCAACGCUUCAGUGCGCUGGUAAUCGUCGUAUUCACAUGUCCCAAUAUAAAAAGGUUCAAGGUUUAGACUGGAAAGGACAAGCGAUCGGCAAUGCAAAAUGGACUGGUGUUAGGUUGCGGGAUAUACUCAUAUCGGCUGGCGUAGAUCCAAAUGAUAAAAGAUUAAAACAUGUCCAAUUCAGUGGCGCAGACAAUGACGGCGAAGGGCAUUAUUACGGUACAUCGAUAACGUUCACGAAAGCGAUGGAUGAAGAUACGAUAAUUGCGUAUCAAAUGAAUGAUGAAGAUAUACCUCGAGAUCACGGCUAUCCUCUACGAGUUAUUGCUCCAGGAAUUGUUGGUGCUCGAAAUGUGAAGUGGUUAACGGGUAUACACGUCAGCGCCGAGGAAAGUGAGACGCAGUGGCAGAAAAGGGAUUAUAGAGCGUUGCCACCAACGAUUGGCCAAAGUGAUCCGCAAGACUUCAGUCUGGUUCCUGCUAUUCAAGAAUAUCCUGUGCAGUGUGCCUUCUGUAGGCCAGUCGUUGACACAAAAGUCAAUCGAUCUGACGGAGAGAUAGAAGUAGCUGGAUAUGCUUGGAGUGGUGGUGGACGAGCAAUCAUCGAAGUGCUCGUAUCACCUGAUGGUGGAAAGAAUUGGCAGUUAGCUGAACUGAUUCGUAAUGAUGAACAAGACCUGGAUCGUACGUGGUCGUGGACAUUUUUCAAGGCAACGGUGAAAAUACCGAAAAAUGUGAAAUCAUUGGAUCUUGUUUGUAAAGCAACUGAUCGUUCUUAUAAUACUCAACCUGAAACAGCAUCUGGAAUAUGGAACGUUCGAGGAUUGCUUCAUAAUGCUUGGCACCAUAUAAAUGUUGAUAUUAUUGAUGAUUGA